AAAACGUAUCCCCGAAGACAACAAAAACUCGACACAACUGAAAAGAAAAUACAGCCUCUCCGAAUGUUAAAAAAGACAAAACCCAGACUCCCCGUCUCUGUAAUCUGUGUACCGAACCACACAAUCUUCCCGAUCUGAUUGGCCCCCCCACCGAUCAUAUUAACGAUUCUGCCAUUGCAGCCAUCCAUCUUCACUAAAAUGGUAUCCAUUUUAAUUCCCUGCUGAGAUAUUCAGAGAGGAUGUCCCAAGCUCACGUCUCUUACAGCUGUGGAUCUUGUGGUUACCCUUUGAACUUGACCUCUUCCAAUCGAAUCGCCACCAGCAUAGGCUCUGAAUAUCGCAAAUCCGUAGAGAAAGGUCUUAUCUCCUUUCUAUCUGUUGAUCUUAGUCGAUUCACACAAGUCGACGAGGUACAUUGCUUUCCUGUCAGUUGGGGCCGUCAUCGAUCAAAAACUAAACUACUUUGCCGUAAAUGUGGGGUUCAUGUAGGGUAUGGGUAUGGAGAUGCGCCUGCCCUUUGUGGUUUUGACUCUCCCGACUCAUCUAGUGCUGCUUUUAGGAAGUUUACAAUAAAGAUCCGAGCUCUACAGCCUUCAGACGAGUGCUAACAAGGUUGACAUGGGAGAUUCUUUGAUGGACGGUGUUACUUCGAUCAUGCUCCUACCUGAUGAUUGCCUCUGUUUUAUUUUCAAUUUUCUUGACUGUAGGACUGACCGUGAAUCAUUUGGCCUAACUUGCCACCGCUGGCUUAAUAUUCAAAACUUGAAUCGUCGGUCCUUGCAAUUUCCAUGUUCUUUCGGCAUUGUUGGCCCUUCCUCGUUAUCUCAGAGCUGUACCGAUAUCAACUCAUUCCAUCUUUACAGGAUUCUUGCCCGUUUUCAGCAAUUAGAGUAUUUAUCCCUUUCCGGUUGCGUAGAGAUACUGGAUUCGGCCCUAAGCUACUUGAAACCCUAUGGUUCGAAAUUGCAAACCCUAUGUCUGGACUGUUGUUUUAAAAUCAGCGAUUACGGGAUUUCCCUAGUUGGUGAUGGUUGUCCCUUCUUGACUACUAUUAGUCUUUACCGAUGCAGCAUUACUGAUGCCGGGCUAGAAGCUUUAGCUAAUGCUUGCUUGGCUUUGAGGCAUGUGAAUCUUGCUUAUUGCCCAUGUAUUUCGGACUCUGGGUUGAGAGCUCUUUCUCAAGGAUGCCGUGAACUUCAAGCAGUUAAGAUAUCAAAUUGCCGGGGAGUAAGUGGUGUUGGCUUAAGAGGCUGUUCAUCAACUCUGGUCUACAUCGAUGCUGAAUGUUGUAAUCUUGAACCCGAAGGAAUAAUGUCCAUUGUUAGUGGAGGUGGGCUUAAGUUUUUGAACAUCGCCAGUUUAAGUUGCUCAAACUUCAGAAAUGGAUUGGAAGCAAUAGGGAAUGGAUUUGCAGCAAGGCUUAAAAUCCUUAAUCUUCGAACGUGUAGAAGCGUUACUGAUGCUUCUAUUGUUGCAAUCGCAAAAGGAUGUCCUCAACUUCAGGAGUGGAACCUGGCAUUGUGUCACGAGGUUAGGGUUCUAGGCUGGGCUUCCAUCGGAUCAAACUGCCAUAAUUUAAAGAAACUCCACGUGAAUCGCUGCCGAAACUUAUGUCAUCAAGGUUUGCAGGCUCUAAGAGAUGGCUGCAAAGAGCUCUCCGUUUUGUACAUGAGCCGGAAUAGCAGGAUAUCAGAUAUAGCAUUGGAGUUGUUUAAAUUGUAUAGAUGCAACGUUGAGAUCAAGGCUGAAGAAGUAAUGUCUAUAGGGCCUAAUUGGGACGGCAUAGAUUAUGAUGAGUCAACUUGAGUCACCUUUCAUACAGCAUGAGACCUCUUAGGUUUACUUUUUAAUUUUAUUGGAAUUGCAUUCAGUUUUAAGACAAGGUCAUUAAAAGGCGCCUUACUACCUCACUUGUGUUUGGUUUAUAACAUACUGCCACACUUUUGGUUUUCUUUUGUUUGUAAUCUUCAAUCAUUCUGGUUUUUUGGAAGAGCGCUUGCUAAUUCUAGAUUGUGUUAGUUAAUCAAGUUAAAGUUGAUUGGUUUGCAAGCCAACAACUGUAUGAUUUGAUAAUAAAAUGUUAGAAUAUGGUUAACCGUGGAAAGAAUAUCACACUCACUUAUCAUCAAAAAUAUAAUAAUUAUUAUUGCCUUAGUGUCAAGAUACCUAUAAGCACACAUUUAAGGGCUAUUAUUAAGUUUCAAUCUUUCUUUUUUAACACUAUUGAGAGUAGGUGGAAUAUGCAAUUGUAGAAAAACUUCGGUCACAUUCUUCAAAUGAGGUCCACCUGGUCUUCAUCAAGCAGGGUACUCAAAUUGGUGCGUGUGCUUCAGCUGAGCCACCGUUGAUAAUCAAACUAGGCGCUGCCAUUUUCUCCCCAUACAUUGUCCCACGCACCACUGGGAGCAGCCUUUGGCCCUUCAAUGUAGUUUU